AUGGCCAUGGGCAGCCCAGAGCUGCAAGCUCUUCUGGAGCUGUUCCAGCGCCAUGCCGGCGACCAAGACAUGCCCGAGGCAAAGUUCGUGGCCCUACUUCGGAGCAUUGGCGUGUCGCAGGAGGACACGUCCAUCGCCUUGGCCAAGUUCGGCCCUGGCAACGUGUCCCAUGCCAGCUUCCUGCGCUGGACCUUCGGCUACACUUCGAGAGAGGUCAUUCUGAUGUUCGGGCCGCCAGCAUCUGGCAAGGGCACGCAUGGUGGACGAAUAACAACGGCCCUGGGAAUUCCACAGCUCUCUACCGGAGACAUGCUGCGCGAAGCCGUGGAUUCUGGCACGGAGAUCGGUUUGAGGGCCAAGUCGGUGAUGGAACAAGGGCAGCUGGUGAGCGACGACAUUGUCAUUGGCAUCAUCAGGGACAGAGUCAAAGCUGCAGAUUGCCUGAAAGGUUUCAUCUUGGACGGCUUCCCUCGCACCGUUGCCCAAGCCAGAGCAUUGGACGAGAUGCUGGCAGCCACCGGGGAAGAAGUGAAGACCGUCUUGGAGCUUAGUGUGCCGGAUGAAGCCCUGAUUGAAAGGAUCGGUGGCCGCUGGAUUCACAAAGCUUCUGGCCGCUCGUACCAUACCAAGUACAAUCCCCCGAAGUCUUUCGACGGCAAGAGCGAGCCCACGCCGGCGAACAUGCGGGACGAUGAAACCGGAGAAGCUUUGACGCAGCGCCCUGACGACAAUAAGGAUGCUCUUCCAAAAAGGCUGGCUGCCUACCAUGCCGAGACGGUGCCUGUGCUUGGGCACUACAAGUCCCGCGGGGGUUGUCGGGUGGCACAAGUGGAUUCGAAUUUGGGCCCUGCACGCAAGACGGAGGACAUUUGGGCAGACUGCGCCAAAGCUUUGGGCUUGAAGCGUGACAAGAUUAUCCUGAUGUUCGGGCCGCCAGCAUCUGGCAAGGGAACGCAUGGUGGGCGAAUAACAACGGCCCUGGGAAUUCCACAGCUCUCUACCGGAGACAUGCUGCGCGAAGCCGUGGAUUCUGGCACGGAGAUCGGUUUGAGGGCCAAGUCGGUGAUGGAACAAGGGCAGCUGGUGAGCGACGACAUUGUCAUUGGCAUCAUCAGGGACAGAGUCAAAGCUGCAGAUUGCCUGAAAGGUUUCAUCUUGGACGGCUUCCCUCGCACCGUUGCCCAAGCCAGAGCAUUGGACGAGAUGCUGGCAGCCACCGGGGAAGAAGUGAAGACCGUCUUGGAGCUUAGUGUGCCGGAUGAAGCCCUGAUUGAAAGGAUCGGUGGCCGCUGGAUUCACAAAGCUUCUGGCCGCUCGUACCAUACCAAGUACAAUCCCCCGAAGUCUUUCGACGGCAAGAGCGAGCCCACGCCGGCGAACAUGCGGGACGAUGAAACCGGAGAAGCUUUGACGCAGCGCCCUGACGACAAUAAGGAUGCUCUUCCAAAAAGGCUGGCUGCCUACCAUGCCGAGACGGUGCCUGUGCUUGGGCACUACAAGUCCCGCGGGGGUUGUCGGGUGGCACAAGUGGAUUCGAAUUUGGGCCCUGCACGCAAGACGGAGGACAUUUGGGCAGACUGCGCCAAAGCUUUGGGCUUGAAGCGUGACAAGAUUAUCCUGAUGUUCGGGCCGCCAGCAUCUGGCAAGGGCACGCAUGGUGGACGAAUAACAACGGCCCUGGGAAUUCCACAGCUCUCUACCGGAGACAUGCUGCGCGAAGCCGUGGAUUCUGGCACGGAGAUCGGUUUGAGGGCCAAGUCGGUGAUGGAACAAGGGCAGCUGGUGAGCGACGACAUUGUCAUUGGCAUCAUCAGGGACAGAGUCAAAGCUGCAGAUUGCCUGAAAGGUUUCAUCUUGGACGGCUUCCCUCGCACCGUUGCCCAAGCCAGAGCAUUGGACGAGAUGCUGGCAGCCACCGGGGAAGAAGUGAAGACCGUCUUGGAGCUUAGUGUGCCGGAUGAAGCCCUGAUUGAAAGGAUCGGUGGCCGCUGGAUUCACAAAGCUUCUGGCCGCUCGUACCAUACCAAGUACAAUCCCCCGAAGUCUUUCGACGGCAAGAGCGAGCCCACGCCGGCGAACAUGCGGGACGAUGAAACCGGAGAAGCUUUGACGCAGCGCCCUGACGACAAUAAGGAUGCUCUUCCAAAAAGGCUGGCUGCCUACCAUGCCGAGACGGUGCCUGUGCUUGGGCACUACAAGUCCCGCGGGGGUUGUCGGGUGGCACAAGUGGAUUCGAAUUUGGGCCCUGCACGCAAGACGGAGGACAUUUGGGCAGACUGCGCCAAAGCUUUGGGCUUGAAGGCCUGA